GCCGCCCCCGCGCUGCCCCCGGCUCAGCCCGGGCUCAGAUUCCUUUUGUGCGGUGCAAGUGGCCGCUGAAACUUUAAUGAAGCCACCGGAUCGCCGGGUCGCCCGCCGUGCCCGCCCCGCUGCCCGCGGCUCCCGCCGACUGCGGCCCCGCUGCGCCCCUCGCCAUGGCCCAGGGCUUCUGGCGGCUCUACAAGGCCAAAGUGCUGCAGACCCUGGGGGGGCCGCGGCCGGACGGGGCCCUGCAGGACGAGGGAGACCCCCCCGAGCUGAGGGAGACGGCCGAGCCCCCCGCGCUGCUGGAGGAGGGAGCCAGCCCCGUGUCCCAGCUGGCCAGGAGGGUGCAGGGGGUGGGGGCCCGGGGCUGGCGGACGCUCUCGUCCCUCUUCACCCGCGAGGACGAGCACCAGCUGCUCAGCCCGGAGCCCUGCCCAGACCACCCUCUGGCCGCGGAGCCGCCCGAGAUGCCCCGCACCGAGAAGGCCCCGGGAUUUUGGGAUCUCUUUGCUACCAAGUGGCAGCAGGCGUCGGGGCCGGAGAAGGGGGUGCCCCCCCCGGAGCCGGGGGAGAGCCCUGGGGAGCCGCCGGGUGACGAUGGCAGCGACCUGCGGGAGCCAGAGGAAGGAGCCUUCCACUGGGGCUUCCUGGCUGGCAAACUGGCCGAAAUCCGGAAUAAAACCGCCCCCAAGGGCAACUAGAGGAGGAUGCACCGGCCGGACUCUCCAGAAGUUA